CUGACAAGCCUUUUUUUUCUUUUCCUUUUUCUCUUUCUCUUUACUAUUACAAUAUGAGGCCCGCACGUGUACAAGUAUCUCAGGCAGAGCUUGAUGAGUACAUUAGAGAAAAAAGACCUGAAGGUGGAACAUAUAACAUUUGGCAUCAUCGAUACUCUGGAUUAGAAAGAGAUUUUAAUAAAAGAAGUUAUCGACCCAAGUAUAAAGUGGACAUUGCAAGGGAUUCAGGAGAAACAGUGGGAUCAAGAAAUCCUAAUGCUUACUUUUGUCUAUUCUUUGCAAAAGGCAUGUGUACACAAGGUCCUCGUUGCAAUAUGUGGCAUCGUAUUCCUAGAACAGAUGAUGUUUUUGAAACGACAAUCGACUGCUUUGGACGUGAUAAGUUUACCGAUUUUCGUCAGGAUAUGGGUGGUGUAGGUGGAUUUUUAAAGGAAAACCGUACACUAUACGUUGGACGUAUUGCUGUGACAGAUGAUGUAGAUGAAGUCAUUAAAAGACAGUUUGGUCAAUUUGGACCAUUAGAAAGAGUGAGAAUUCUGAAGGGUCGUGGUGUUGCAUUUGUGACAUACAAGACGAGAGCAAAUGCAGAGUUCGCGAGAGAAGCCAUGAUGAAUCAAAGCCUUGAAAAUAAUGAAAUCAUCAAUGUCAGAUGGGCUACGUCAGAUCCUAACGCGAUCGCAAAUCGUUUGGAUGCUGAAGAUGAUAAGAAAAGAGCAGCAGAAGAAGCAGCUCGAGAGGAAGAGGAACUGAUUAUAGAAUUUGAAGAGGAACCAGAAUUACCGCCAGAACCUCAGAAAAAAAGAAAUGUAGUCCAAGCUGGUCUACAGGAAUCAGACUCUGCUGCAAAAAAACAAAAAGAGGAUGAAGUAAAUGGAUAUGAUUAUACAGAAGAAGACAUUGAAAAUUAUUAUGAUUAUUAUAACUCUGAGCAACAAGAACAGCAGCAAUAUCUAGAACAACAAUAUCAAUAUCAAUAUCAAGAGGAACCAGUUAAGGAAGAAGGCAUUAUUCCAAAAAAAGUACUUGAUAAUCUAAAAACUCUCACUAAAAAUUCACCUGCAACUAUCACAGCCAAAACAACAACCAAUGACUCCUUGGGCGGUUUAGCUGAUUAUGGAAGCAGUGAUGAAGAAUAAGAAUAAAAACUUAUUUUACUCAGACUUGUUUGAUGUUUAAACAUCAAAUUGGCCUUCUCGCAAUUAUACAACCUUGCAAAAACCCGUUCUCUCCUACUUCUCUUUCUAUCAUUUCCCACUUCAAAAGAAGCAAAGAAAUAACAGAAAAAGAAAAAAGAAAAAACGCCAUCUGCUCUGAACAAGGAUGGAGAUUCAUCAUUGUAAAAUAAGUUGAAAGAAAAAAAGAAAAAACUUCGUCUAAUUUCGAACUUGAUUCGACCAAGAGCCUGUAUAUUUGUAUUAUAUAAAGCUGGCUUUGAAAUACUGAGAUGCACCAUCUCGAGAAAAGAAUUCCAUCGCGUAUCAGCCUCAGUCUUUCACUGUUUCAAUUAUCAUUUACCACUUCCACUUGGCAAAUCAGCCCUUAUUACCAAUACGCGGUAACAGUUUUUCGACUGGGUUCGUCGUAGCAGUACGGUGGCUAUCAACAAUAACGG